AUGUGGCAAAAACUAAAUGCGAUAGCAGAAAACAGGAAAAGCUUUCACCUGAAAGAGUUCCAUGUAGAGACAAAUGAUAUGAGUAGGAAGAGGGAGACUCACUCUUUUGUUCCGGGAGAAGAUGUUAUUGGGAGGGAUGAGGACAAAAAGGCUAUCAUAGACCUAUUAUUUGACUCUAAUGUAGAAGAGAAUGUUUCGGUCAUUCCCAUUGUGGGGAUCGGGAGCUUAGGGAAGACUACACUUGCUCAAUAUGUGUACAAUGAUGAGCAAGUUCAAAAAUACUUUGAGUUAAAAAUGUGGGCAUGCAUCUCUGAUGUCUUUGAUUUAAAAAUAAUUAUUGAAAAAAUAGUAGCAUCUACUUCUGGUAAUGCACCAGUUGGAAACCUUAUAAUAGAUCAGUUGCAAAGUCAACUUCGUGAAAAAAUUGAUAAAAAGAAAUACUUACUUGUAUUAGAUGAUAUAUGGAAUGAAGAUCCUGAAAACUGGCGUGCAUUGGAAAGUCUUUUAAUGGGUGGUUCCAAAGGUAGUAAGAUUAUAAUAACUAGUCGUCUUAGAUUGGUUGCAGAGAUUACAUGCACAGUUUCACCAUAUUUUCUCAAAGGUCUGUGCGAAGAACAAUCUUGGGUUUUAUUUAGGCAAGUGGCAUUUAAAAAAGGGCAAGAGGCCAACAAUCCUAAACUAGUGAAAAUUGGAAGGGAGAUUGUACACAUGUGUCAAGGGGUUCCACUUGCUGUAAAGUCCAUAGGAAAUAUGUUAUACUUCAAGGAAAAAGAGUUUGAAUGGUCAUUCGUGAAGAAUAAUAUAGAAGCAAAUAUAACUCAAGGGAAUGGAAUUUUACCAAUUUUAAAGUUGAGCUAUGAUCAUCUCCCAUCACAUUUGAAGAGUUGUUUCACUUAUUGCUCUUUAUUUCCUAAAGAUUAUGAGAUGGAUAAAGAAACAGUGAUACAACUAUGGAUAGCACAAGGGUUUGUCCAAUUAUCAAACAAAAACCAACAAUUAGAGGAUAUUGGUGAUGAGUAUUUCAAGGAUUUACUUUGGAGGUCCUUCUUUGAAGAAGUAGAGAAUUACAAAGGCUUAAGGUACAAGAUGCAUGAUUUAAUUCAUGAUCUUGCAGAAGCUGUUGCAGGCCAGGAGUGUAGGCUUGUUAUUUUUGAUGGCAAUAAUAUUAAUGAAAAAAAUCGUCAUGUAUCAUGUCCAUCUUAUAUUGACUCAUCUUUUAGGGAAACUUUAAGCUUGUUGGUUAAAGCGGUCAAGGUACGUACAUUUCUUCUUACAUAUGAUAAUCAUGUAUCUGGUGCCUUAGAGGAGUCAAUGUUGAAUACAAUUAUUUUGAGUUUCAAGAGCUUGCGUGCAUUAGAUUUACAUGCAUUGAUGAUUACUUCAAUACCAAAUUCUAUAGGGAAGUUAAUACAUCUAAAGUAUCUUGAUGUUUCUUUUAAUAUGGAUAUUGAAACUCUCCCUGACUCAAUUACUACAUUGUUGAAUUUGCAAGUACUAAAACUUUAUGAUUGUAAAGGUCUUAAAGAAUUACCCAAAAAGUUUAGAGAAUUGGUUAGCCUCAAACAUCUUUAUAAUGAUGGUUGUUAUAAUUUGAGUCAUAUGCCUCGUGGAUUAGGGCAAAUGACUUCACUUCAAACAUUACAAUUAUUCAUUGUGAGCAUCUCCUCCCGGACUGGUGGAUUAGGUGAAUUGAAGGACCUAAAAAACUUGCGAGAAACAUUAGAGAUCACAUGUUUGGAACGGUUGGAAGAAUCUAACUCAAAAUCCAUUGUUGUGAAUUUAAGAGAGAAGCAACAUCUUGAAAAGUUUAUACUAAAAUGGUAUCAUGAAGGCCAAGUAGAAAAUAAUGAAGAUGAGAAGUUAUUAGAAGACCUCCAGCCGCACCAAAAUCUUAAAUAUUUGGAAGUGUAUCAGUACAAGAUUAGAAUUGUAAAAGAUGCAGAUAUCUGCCACCAUUGUCUCAUCUCCCCUCUUUAA